AUGGCGCUAUUCAAGACAUGCGCAGUGCUGUUAGACGGCAAGAAGGAAGUGUACCGGAAGGGCGAUACAGUGACGGGAUCGUUAGAACUGGACGUCAGACGUAACGUCACAGUGAAAUGGGUCCGAGUUUACCUCUGUGGGCAGACGCUGGUCUUGUGGGGCGGGUCCACCAAUCGAGUAAAGGACUCAGAAAAAUAUUGCGAAUACUCUUGUACCGUUGAAGCGGGACAGCACAAUUACACGUUCAAAUUCACAAUCCCAAAGAAAAGCCUUCCGUCAUCUUUCGAGGGCAAACAUGGCGCCAUCAGAUACUGGAUCCAGGUUGAGGUGGUGAUGACGUUCCCCUUCUUCAACCAGUGGUGGUACGACGGCAUCACCAUACUGGACGACAUCAACGUCAACGACUCUCCGUAUAAGGCACCUGUGCAGUGCCAGGCACAGAAACAGGUUUCUAAGGCUUUUAGUUGUGGAGAUGCUGGUUCUUUGACCUUGACUGCUGAAACUGACAGGGGAGCUUACUGCGCAGGAGAAAAGGUCGCACUGAAAGUUGUUGUGAAGAACGAGUCAACGAGGAACCUGGGGAAACUGAAGGCUCAACUGGAGCAGAAAGUUGUCUACACAGCCGAACGUAAAACGAGGACAGAGCACAACGUUAUUAGGAUCGUAGAAGGAACACCAGUCAUGAAGGGAGAGGAUAGGGUAUGGAAAGACCAACUACCUCUGGUCGACUUCAUUCCACCGUCGACCAAGGCCAGAUCCUGUCGCAUCCUUGCCGUCAGGUACUUCAUCACGGUACUGGUUGAGGUGCUUUUAGGUCAUAACAUUGAGAUCGAUUUACCUAUCACUAUUGGCACCAUUCCGUACGGCCACGCCCCUGCUCCUGGGGCAACGUGCCGUGACUAUAUGUCUAUCGACGUUGAAAUGAACGUUUCGCCCAGGUUCACUGAUAUGGUGGUGGGAGUGUCACAGGACGGCACGCCAGAAGACCCUAUUUUGGCCCAGUGCUGCGACGACUACAUCGACAUCGACAUCGUUUGUGGGAGGACCUCAGUCGACGCGUAUGUGAACGUCAACCGGCGCAAGCAUUGGAAGAAGGUUGAUGCUUCCAGCGCCACAGCCUACACCAAAUGCAACUGGGGAUUCCAUCAUGUCUGGACGGAUGAAGAAGAGUUUUCGAACUUCAAAUAUGUCCCCAUGUGUGCCCACGUUGUGAACAACACUUUCACCCCUCCUCUUAGUUCCCAAUGA